AACUCACAAAAACCAACCCCCUCACUUCGUGCUCAGCUCUAUUCUCUCUCAACACAACUCUCACUAAUUAUGGCGUACGAGCGAAUUCUGUUGGGGAUGGGCAACCCCCUUCUCGACAUUUCUGCUGUUGUCGACGAUGAAUUCCUGAAAAAAUAUGACAUCAAGCCGAACAAUGCUAUUCUUGCUGAGGACAAGCACCUGCCCAUGUAUGACGAAUUGGCUGCCAAGGGCAACGUAGAAUUCAUUGCUGGAGGUGCUACUCAAAAUUCAAUCAAAGUUGCCCAGUGGAUGCUCCAAGUUCCUGGUGCUACUAGUUACAUAGGAUGCAUUGGGAAGGACAAGUUUGGCGAGGAGAUGAAGAAAGAUUGUACAAAGGCUGGUGUUAAUGUACAAUAUUAUGAGGAUGAAAAGGCUCCAACAGGCACAUGUGCAGUGUGUGUAGUUGGUGGUGAGAGGUCGCUUGUUGCUAAUUUAUCAGCUGCAAACUGUUAUAAAUCUGAGCAUUUGAAGCGACCAGAAAAUUGGGCCUUGGUGGAAAAGGCGAAAUACUUCUACAUUGCAGGGUUCUUCCUUACCGUGUCUCCAGAGUCAAUUCAACUUGUUGCUGAACAUGCAGUUGCAAAAAAUAAGGUCUUCAUGAUGAACCUCUCUGCUCCUUUCAUAUGCGAGUUUUUCAAGGACGUGCAGGAGAAAGCCCUACCGUUCAUGGACUAUGUUUUUGGAAAUGAGACAGAAGCUAGAACCUUUUCCAGGGUUCAUGGCUGGGAGACUGAAAAUGUUGAGGAGAUUGCUAUUAAGAUUUCCCAGUUGCCCAAAGCAUCAGGGACACACAAGAGGAUUACUGUUAUCACACAAGGAGCAGAUCCUGUUGUCAUUGCUGAGGACGGGAAGGUGAAGUUAUUUCCUGUAAUCCUGUUACCAAAGGAGAAGCUGGUUGAUACCAAUGGAGCUGGGGAUGCAUUUGUUGGAGGAUUUUUGUCUCAGCUGGUUCAAGAGAAGCCCAUUGAAGACUGUGUUAGAGCUGGUUGUUAUGCAUCCAAUGUUGUCAUCCAAAGGUCAGGUUGCACAUACCCUGAAAAGCCUGAUUUCCAUUAGGCCCAUUUCUCUACAUUUCAGCUCUUUCUAGUGUCCUUUCUGUGGUAGAGUUGGUUUUUAUGCGCGAUUUCUGCCAAUGUAAUCGUAGCAGCCUGCAGCCUUAGUCUCCUACCCAAUAUAUUAAGUUGAGGGGUUUAUUGUUGUUGACGUUACUUUGGCUUGUGGUCCUUGUCACUAGAUGGCCUUGAUAUCUUCAUUAAUAUAAAAAAGUGCUGAAGAAGAUAAUUUCAGUCGUCUGUUUUC